AUGCAUGUUGCACCCCGUGGUGGCUAUUCCAUUAAAAAUUCGAAACAAUUCAUUCGAAGAUAUGAAUCUUAUUUAAGAUCGACUUUGAAAAUUGCACAAAUUUUGCUCUCGGCUGGAAAUCUUGAUAUUCCACAACCAGAGAACGUGUCAAUCGCUAACAGCAAUACAAUAACAUUAGAAAUGAAUACGCCUGAGUAUCGCCAAGACAUAGAGCAACGAUUAAAAUUUGUUGAUAUCUUAGUAAAUCAAAUCGAUGGCAAACAGACAUCACAGCGAGGUGAAAACGCACGAGAAAUUCUAACGUAUCUUGAACUUGUUGACGACGAGCACAGUCUGGGAAAGUUAGACUGUGCAGUUACUGAUGAUGGUCAUGUUCGCUGGGUCUGCCCUGAACACUACGAUGAAGUGAACUCUAUUGAUAAACUGAAUAGCUACAUUAAUGAUUUCAAAGUCAUGGGCGGAAAAUUCGAUCAAAAGACCAGAGAAGCGGUUGUAUUUGGAAUGAAUGUGACUAAGAGAAACGUUAAGAUGAUAUGUGGUGCUCUGACGAAAGGGUUUAAUAUUGUAAAGCUAGUUUUUCAAGAUUGUUCGUUCAAUGAGGGCUAUCUCGAAACAUUACUUGAUACCAUCAUCAACCGUUCUUCAAUUCGUUGUUUGAACAUGACCGCUGUUACUGUUACCAAGUUUUUUGGUGGGGUAAAAUACACUUGUAAAAAUAUGGUCGUCGAAUUCAAAAAUGAAUCAUUAAAAAUUCGUUUUACCGAUAGUUAUCAUAAUGGAAAUAUACCCAUGCUCAAUCAGCUUUUGCUGCGAAAUAAGAUACAUCGAACAUUGAAUAUUUCUGCUUGUGACUUUCUUGGACAUGAAUCUGAUCUUCAGCGAUGUUUUGAAUCAAACAGAACUGUAACAGAACUAAUUGUGAAAUACUCCAACAACAUAGAUAUCCUUAAUACUAUAUUUGAUUUGAAAACAAAUGCAUUGCACCAAUUAAAAUUGCCUCAGUCAUUGUCAAUUCCCUCAAUACUAUCUCCUUUUUGCGCACUGUUGAAGAAAAAUACGACGUUGGUUGAAAUCGACUUGAUGGAUUAUACUGGUUUCAAAGAAGAAGCUUUCAUUAUUAAACUUUUGGAUCUAUUGAGAGAACACAAGUCAAUCAGAUAUCUUAGCCUACACGUUGAAGGCAUACAACUAUCAAAUCAAAAAGAAACUUACAUGAUUAAAUCAUUAAGACGUGAUAAAUUUAUUGCACGUCUCUGUAUAUCUGCAUCUAUCGUCUCACGGGAAUUCAUCGAAGCACUCUAUCAUGCUUCAAAAGUAAAUGAUACUUUGACUUAUAUGAAUUUUUAUGACAGCCAAGUGAACGACGAAGAUAAAGCGCAACUGCACUCAUUGUAUGAGACUGGUAAUUUACUUCAACUGGGUUUUUAUGAGCAAUCACGUUGGGAUGUAAUGUUCGCGAGAUUAAACGAGCGACCAAGCAGAGGUAAAAGCAAGAAAAUUUUGAAUUUUAUUCUUAUUGAUGAGAAUAAUUUACAAGGAAAGCAACGGAUAUUUAUUGACCACAGUGAUCCUAAAUUCGUUUAG